AUGGCGGCGGCAGCGGAGGACGCGUUGAAGCUGUUCGUGGGGCAGGUGCCCAAGACGUUCACCGCGGACGACCUCACGCACGUGCUCGCCGAGGCGGGCACGGUCUGUGACGUCACCAUCGUCAAGGAUCGUGUCACUAAAGAGUCGCGCGGCUGCGCGUUCGUACUCUACUCGACGCGCGCGGAGGCGGACGCCGCCAUCGCGCUGUUCCACAACAUCCGCAAGCUGCCGGGGGCGAAGACGGCGAUGCAAGUGAAGUACGCCGACGGCCAGGAGCACAAAAUAGAGAACAAGCUAUUCGUGGGCAUGCUACCCAAGGCGGUGACAGCGGAGCAGCUGACAGCAGUGUUUUCGCAGUACGGCACCGUCAUUGACAUCAAUGUGCUCAAGCCCGCUCCUCACAUCACCCGAGGGUCGGCGUUUGUGAAGUUCCAGUCGUAUGCGCAGGCGCAGGCCGCCAUUGACGCGCUCAACGGCAAGCACCGCCUCGAGCUCGUCUCGUCCCUGUCCCCCUGCCAUGCUCGUUGUCUGCAAAUUUUAGUAUGCCUCCUCUUCGAGCCUUCCAACGUCUUCCCCCCGCCCACGGCCCCCUCCCCCACCAAUCUCUUUCUCCCCCUCUCAUCUUUCCUCCACGGGCUCAUCUCCCUGCGUCUAACUUUCGCUCUUGUCUUCUACCCCCCCCGUCCCGCUCCCCCCUUCCCCCCCUUCUCUGUGAACCUGAGGGGGGGGGUGCCAAUGGCGGUGAAGUGGGCGGACACUGACAAGGAGAAGAUGGCGCGCAAGGCACACCGCAUGGGCCCGCCCGCACCCGCUGCUGCUGCGCUGGGCAUGGGCCCGUCGCCCCCCGGGCUCUACUCCUCGCCCCUCAUGGGGUCCGCGCCUGGCGCUGCCUUCUUCCUGCCGCCCACCUCUGCGCCGUCUCUGUACGGCUCUCCCAUGCAGCCCCAGCUGCAGCAGUACGGAGGCAUGGACUUGGCAUCACUGUACCAGUCACAACCACCCGCCAUGCCGCAACCGCAGCCACACGACAUGUAUGCCAUGCCGCCACCUGCUACCCAACACUACCACACGGAUGGCGCAGCAGCAGCACUGGCAGGUGGAGGAGGAGGAGGAGGAGGAGGCGGAGGGGGCAUUGGGGGGCCAGUGGGGGGCUAUCAGCUGGGUGCGGUGCCUUCAGCGACGGCCGUGGCGGCUGCUGUGAGGCAGGCGCUGGCUCAGAAGGAAGGUCCUCCCGGAGCCAACAUAUUUGUGUACAACAUCCCUCCGGAGUGGCGGGACCACGACCUCACCACGGCGUUUGUGGAGUUUGGCAACGUGCUGUCGGCGCGUGUCUUCAUCGACAAGAACACGGGCCUCAGCAAGAACUUUGGGUUUGUGAGCUACGAUGCGGCGGAGGCAGCGCAGGCGGCGAUAGCGGUGAUGGACGGGUUCCUGGUGGGGGGGCGCCACCUCAAGGUCUCCGUCAAGAAGGGCCAGCAGGCUUCUGCGCCCGGCCACGCCUCCGCUCCCUACUGA